GAUUGGUGGAGUGUUGUAUUGUGGCCUGGGGUUUUCUCGCCAAGAAGUAUGAAAGGAUAAUUUUCAAUAAUUAUGUUUCACCCUUAAAUUUAAAUUAAAACUUUAGAAAUUCAUUUGGUGCCGUAAGUGGUCACUAGUGGUGUAGUACGUUAUGGAGGGUGAACGUAAAGAAUUAAAUGUGGAGGAAAUACCGGUGUCAAGUUUAUACGACAGAGAUUCUACAGUACCAAUCAACUUAAAUAAAUACAGAAAGGCCGUAAAAAAAUAUAUAAACAAGCAUCAUUAUCAUACAGCAUUAUUUUGGGCAGACAAAGUGGUUUCACUGAAUAAUGGAGAUUGUCAGGAUAUCUUCUGGUUGGCUCAUUGCCUGUUUCUCACUGAACAGUACCAUAGAGCUGCGUAUUGUAUCAAAAGUCAAAAUCUUCAUAAGGUUGACUUGGGUUGUCGAUACCUUGCUGCAAAAUGUCAUUUUGCAGGUAAAGAAUAUCAGGAAGCACUAGCCACCCUUGAUGUUACAGAAGCAAACAGUAUAGGACCAAACACAAGAAACCAAGAACCACUAGACAAAUCAGUUGUAAUGGGAGACAAAAAUUGGGAAAGCUCUAUCCAGUUGUUGAAAGGACAGAUUCAUGAAGCAAUGGAUAACCGAGGACUAGCUGCAAUGUGUUUCAGGGAAGCUCUUCACUUAGAUGUGUACUGUUACGAAGCUUUCCAUUCCCUUAUACAUCAUCAGAUGCUUUUGAAAGAAGAAGAAAAAGCUUUGAUGGAGUCUCUUCCUUUUGGAAAACAGUGCUGUGAAGAGGAGUCUAAAAUUGUAAGGCUUCUCUAUGAAACCCAACUUAAGAAGUAUGACAAGCCAUCAGAAAUGAUUUUCCCUCCACAACUAGAAAGUCUUGAGAACAACCUAGAUAUAAAAACAGCCCAAGCUGAACGUUGCUACUAUAACUGUGACUACCAACAAUGUUUUAAAAUCACAUCUUUAGUUUUAAACAAGGAUUCUUUCCAUAGUGGAUGCUUGCCAAUUCAUAUAUCAUGUUUAAUGGAGCUACAGAAAUCCAAUGAUUUAUUUUACUUUGCUCACAAACUAGUGGAUCUUUAUCCUGAAAAGGCUAUAGCUUGGUUUGCUGUGGGAUGUUACUACUUGCUAAUCAAUAAAACGGAUGCAGCUAGAAGGUACUUAAGUAAGGCCACAACUUUAGAUAGAGUGUUUGGACCAGCCUGGCUAGUGUAUGGUCAUUCUUUUGCUGUGGAGAAUGAACAUGAUCAAGCAAUGGCUGCCUAUUUUAAGGCAUCUCAGCUUAUGAAAGGCUGCCAUCUACCUUUGCUGUACAUUGGUCUAGAAUAUGGGCUUACUCACAAUAUCCGCUUGGCUGAACGAUUUUUUAACCAAGCCCUGGAGAUUGCCCCUGAAGACCCAUUUGUUUUGCAUGAAUUAGGAGUAGUGGCUUUCCAGAGUCAAGAUUAUGCAACAGCAGAAAAAUAUUUUAGAGAUGGUCUUGACAAGGUGGAAAACAGUUCUCAAACAGUAUUACCAGAAAAAUGGGAAGCUCUUCUCAACAAUCUGGGUCACGUUUGUCGCAAAUUGAGGAAGUAUGAAGAAGCACUGGAAUUUCAUCAACAGGCCUUGGUUCUGAGUCCUCAAAAUCCAGCAUCUUUUGCAGCAAUUGGUUAUGUUCACAGCCUUACAUGUCACUGGACACAAGCAGUUGAAUAUUUUCACAAGGCCUUAGGACUUCAACGUGAUGACACUUUCUCAACAACCAUGUUAAAAAAUGUGAUUGAGCAUUUAAUGAACGAAAUGGUUCCUUGUGAAGGUAUUCCGGAUGAGUUACCCAUUUAUGAAUUUCCUUCAGAGCAAAACUUAGCUCUGUUGGAUAGCAGCCCAAUUAUCCCAACAGAACAAAGUGAUAGUGGCUUUGAGAUUGAAAUGGAAGCGACUGACUGACAAAAUUUAAAAUGUGUGGCAAAAUGAAAGAUGGUUGUACAGAAAGUGAAAGCUUUAACAAAGUCUGUAACUCAUUUUAUACAACAUUUUUGUUCAGUAUGAUGUUUUGUGAAAUUAAAAACAUUUGUGUAUACAUUGAAACUUUUCUGUUUUUUAAUAUAUGUAUUAUUCACUGUAAUGUAUCUAACACAGCUUCUAAGAUAUUUCCAAAACUUUCAACUGUUAUGUGUUGUUUGUUUUUUUUUCCUGUAGAAAAAAUUAUGAUAGUUUAUUGUUAAUAAUCUUAUGAGCAAUUUCAAAAAACAGUAUCAAAUGUCAUUUUCCAAUCAUGAUAUUUUACUAGGUUAGCAUUGAAAUUAUGUCUUAUGCCCCUGCUGUGAAAGUCAUUGAAAAUAAUUAUUAAGCAAAGAUAAUUUUACAGCUUGACUUAAAAAAAUACAUUAUUUUUGUUAGUGGUUUACACAGUAAGUUAUCAGUUACUUCUUUUAAUGGUGAAAAACUUGGUCACUUUGCUCAAAUUGUCAUUUCUGGACUCCAAGUCAAAAACCUUUGAAUUAGAGAUUUUGAAAGUUCCAAGUAAUCUAAGACAUGAAAGUCACAAUCUGCAUUUUUAAUUUUACACUUGGAAAAUUUUCAACACUGACAACAAUAUGAUCUACAUUCAAUUUUAUUUGCAUGAUGGCUGAAUGCACUGAAUUUGAGUUGCAAGAGGCUACAUAGAUCAAGUAUGAAAAAAUAUAUAUCUCAAGUUAUUAUUGUUUUCUGUUCAGAAUUGUCUGGUAAUGAAGACAAAGUAGGUCUAUGGCUCCACGCGAUGCUGCUGCAUUCACCAUCUAGUCUCACUAAAGUUUACUUUUACACAUUUGUAUGUGACUAGAAGUAAUACUGAUAUAAUUUAAAUUUUAAUUCUUCUCUUUAGUUACACUGUCAUAGAAAACUAAAAAUUCAUUGCUCUGAUGAUCCAUAUACACAAGAAUCCUAGCUGUUUAACCAGUUAGUAUUAAUUCUCAACUGGUAAGAUAAAGUAUUUGUAUCAUAUGUGGUAGGGUGGAGUCAGAAUGACCCAUAAACGACAAACAAAUAAUUAUAACAUUAAGUAAGAGAACUGCAACAUCACAUUCGCACUACUCAACACCAAAGAACUGAUUGAGGAUAGAGUACAGAAAAUAUUAGGUAAAGAGCAACACUAGCUAAAUUGGAAUAUUGGCUUGAAAAAUUGACUUGGGUCUUUCUGACUCCACCUUACUAGUUGAGGGUUAACUUAAAAUUAUAUUACUUUUUAUAUAUAACAUGAUUUAGUGGUUGGCUUAUUCAGACUGUGAGGCCGAAGUUUCAUGGUUCACUUCUCAUUGAAAUUUGAGGCUGUGGGUGUAUUAUAAGAGUGACAGUUAAAUACCACUAUUUGCUCAGCCAAGAGUAGUUCAAUAAUUGGUAAUGAGUGUUGUUUAUUAGCUGUCUUUCCUUUUGUAUAAAAUUUCAAAAUCUGGGAUGGUUAUACACAGAUAGUCUUUUGUGUGGCUUUGUGCAAAAAUUCUAAAACAAAUCAAAUGAAAUUAAAAAGUACAGUAACCUUGCAUUUUGUUUGUGAUGUGUUCUUUUAAACAACAGCAAGAAAAAUAAAUUUGCCAGAGAGUUUAAAUUCAGAAUUAUUUAUAUAUGUCUGUUAAGAAAUGUUAUACUUUUAAGAUCUUUGUCCAUUUUCUUUCUAUUUCAUCUUGGUUUUAUUUUUAUCCAGCUAUAUAAAUGUUUGUUUGUGAAUGCUAUAAAAUGUAAGUUUCAAUCAUAGCAUAGGGGAGGGGGUUUUUGAAGUGUAAUAUUUAUACAAAGAUUUUGUAAAACAUAUUUUUCUUAAAUACUGUUAAAACAAAACCAUCAUUGAUCAUUCUCCCAGCAAUUUCCCUUUCUAUGAUUUAAAAUAUAUUACUUGAGGUGGGGGGGGGGGGAUCUUAAUUUCAUAAGAAAGUUAAGCACCACUAAGUUUGUUUACUCUUGACCUUGUGAUUUAUUGGUCAAAUGAAAUGACACUUGGUUUAUUCCAAGAUUUUUCUUUCAUCUGAGUUCAGCCAUCUUUGAAGACAUGUAACACAGCAGAUGUCCAAGGUGGCUGCAACCACAGGGAGAAACCAUCUCAAGUUCAACUAGAUAUGAUGUCACAGGUCAUCAUGAAGUAGACCUUAUUUAAUGGGACAGUUUCAUAAGAGCAUAAACGAUCCAUGGUCAUAAUAUGUUCAAUAUCUGGUCAUUAAAUCAAGAAAUUCAUAAGUCCAAAGGAUUGAAAAUAAGUUUCAACUGGAAGGGUAAAAUGACUUGACAAAUUGGUGAUUGUAGUUUUCAUUUUAAUUUGUCUUCUGUAAGCAUUAUAUAGAUAAUACCUUUAUCUUAGUCUACUCCAAAGACCAUGCUUCUCACCUUCUAUACUAAUUAUGUUCCUGCCACACUUCUACAUUAAUUUUUUUUUAACUUGAACUGAUCACUUUUUUUUUAAAUUCUUGUAACUCAUUAUCUUAACUACUAAUUCUCAACCUCUGGUUUACUCACACUUUUCAAGAGUUUCAUUUCAGCUGCAGAUGUAAUCUUGUUUAUUAUCGUCAUUAGUAGUAGCAUACAAACAAUUGCCUCAGAACUUAGUGUCCACUAACAAAUGUAUUUAAGUUUCAUGGAUAAAAGAUAAUUCAGUUGGUUUUAUCUCUAGAUUUUAUAUUGAGCAGGUUUUCAACUUCUUUUGGAAUUGUCUUCAGGCUAAGUGAUGUGCAAUUAAAACAAAGUUUAAAAAAUACUAUAUGAAUAGAGAUUAACAACGUAUUUACAAAAAUUAUAUUUCAACUUGCAACCUCAGGGUCGCAGUUUCGAUUCCCCGUCCCACCAAACAUGCUCACCCUUUUAGCUAUGGGGGCAUUAUAAAGUGGUGGUCAAUCCUAUUAUUUGUUGGUAAAAGAGUAGCCCAAGAGUUGGCCGUGUGUGGUGAUAUCUAGCUGCCUUUCCUCUAGUCUUUCACUGCUAAAUAAGGAACAACUAUUGCAAAUAGCCCUUGUGUACCUUUGCACGAAAUUCAAAAUUUAAGUAACCAUUGACCAUAGUAAUUGCAAGCAUAUCUAAUCAAAUAUUUUGGAAUCUGCAAUUUCAUUUUCAGAGGUCUGUAAAAAUAUGUGCAUUGAAGAUGAUACACAUAAUACUAUUUUUUUUUGCAACUUUGGAGUGCACUAAGCACAUAAAAGUAAGAUAUAUUAACAAUUCUGAACUAUAACUACAUAUAUUUAAAGGAUUUAUGACUCUUUUUACAGAUCAAUGAUGAUGAGAUUUGUAAAAUUGAAAAGUUUAAUUAAAUGUGUUUAUGUAUGUUGCUGUGGUGCUUCUCUUCUUACUCAAUAAAUAUUAAGUUUGAAGAUAA